UCUCCACGCGCUCGACGCUCCACAUGCCUUCUCAUUCCUCCUCCAAAUUCCCUGCAUCCAAUCUCGAUCCGCUCCGGCCACCGGCUUCGCGAGUUCCAGACUUCCGGUUAUUCCACUUGGCACCAGUGCACCAGCGGUCCAGCCUUCAGCAUUCAGUCAAUCCACAAGCUACAACUCCAUCGCGGUUCUGCUUCAAUAUGGCCACGCCUGACGCCUCCACUCAUGGUUAUUGAAAUCUUCGUUGGUCUCAAGAUCACAUUCAAACUCAAGUCAUCUGAAUUCCUUUGAUUCAAAGGUCAGUUCUUGCAGUUUUCUUGAUUGUAUGAUUGUAUCGACAUGAUAGGUGUGAAGUGUACGUAUCCUGAUUCAUCUGUGCUAUGCAAAGAAGAAAAUUUUGGAGUUUGUCUAAAAUUUGGACAUUCGAAGAAGCAGAUAAGUUACUAAUUUAGUUGGAUAUUCUGGUGGAGGGGGGGGUUUGGGUGGAGCUGAUGAUGGCACAGCCAAGAAGAAAGAAGUGGAGUGAGGCGGAGGAAAGAACCCUGAUCGAAAAGUAUGAUCAGAUGGUAUGCGAUGGAACUUUGGCUAAAAUGAGAACCAGAGAGAAAAAAUAUAUACCCAUUGCCCUACAUGUGAAUUCUGUACACCACAUGCUUGAUCCAAUUUCAUAUCCAUGGCAGUGGACCUGGAAGGACGUAUCAACAAAAGUUCAGAACAUGAGACACCAGUAUGGCCUUGUAAAGCAGAAAAUCAAGAAAGACGGGGUGGAGGAGUUUGAUUGGGAGGAGGGUAUCACACAUUGGUCAAAUUUCCUUAGGUACAAGGAGGUGUUUGGGGAUGUGAUGCUUGUAUUUAACAGUGCAGAACCACUGGCAGUUGUGGGAGAUGGGAAUGAAAGUAAUAGUGGGGCAUUCGAUGGGCUUGUUCAAUUCGGGCAUUUGACUCAUUCUGGGGAUUUCGGAGGUGGAAUGGUCAUGGAUGGAGAUUUAGGGAUGAGCCUUGAUUAUGUCGGGGAAGAAGAACAAGGAGAGGAGAACUAUGAUAAUGGCAGUAAUAAUAAAACGAAUAAUCCUAUGAAGGAGGAUGAUGGGGAAUUUGUUUAUGAAGAAGAAGAAGAUAUUGAGCCGACUGGGUCUGACACCCGGAAGAAACGAAAGGCAAUGAAGGGGGCAGUUGAGAAGAAGGCUUGGGCGUUUCUCGCCUGCCAGUUGUCUCAGUUAAGGGAAAUGGAGACCCGAUUUGAGCAGCGUGAGGUGGAGAGAGAACAGGAGAGGAUGAGGAGAGAUCACAUCCGUAUAGAAAUGGAAAAAGAACGUGAGAGGAAAAGGGACGAAAAGGACCGCGAGAGGGAGAGACGAAUCGAGGAUUUGCGCCGACGGAAGGUUCUAGAGUGGGAAGCAAUGGAGAAAGAGAGUGAAGAACGAGAGAGACGGAGACGGGAGGAAGGACUAGUUUUGGAAAGAGAACGCGAGGAGAGGAUGGAUAGGAGGAAAUGUGAGUCUAAGAAGCGGAUAGAAGACAUGAUAAAUCAACAUCGGGCAGAAAUGGGUCAGAUUCAGAGUCGGAUACUUCAUGAGCAACAAAAUCUUACUGCUCAGCUACUCGGGAUUCUUUCCCAGUGGACAGGUCAUCCAACUACGCUCGCGGAUCAUACGGGAGCUACCAAUCAUUACCUUUCACAGAUGAUGCAGAGUCUACACCAUGUGAACACUAUGAUUCAUGAAGAUGAGAGGGUUGAAGAAGACAAUCAAGAAGAUCACUUCAUAGUUGAUGGAUGAAUUAGCAGAGGUCAGUGGCUUUCUCUUUCUGGCUUUUUCCAGUCAUAUAUGAUGUUGUGGUGCUUUUGUUGUACAUAAGGAUUCAAUUGCAAAUGAACUUCGCAGUGUUAUCAAUAUAAAUUCAAUACUCCAUGGGUUAUUCAGUCAUCAAUAAAUAGCUUCACAGUUAUUUAUUUCAGUUAUGCUCUAUAAGUAAAGUGAAUUAUGAGUUAUCAAGACUCUCGAUUCAACAAAUUUCUAUAUGCAGG